AUGCUCAAGGUCUUAGGGAAUCCCAAGAGGGAUGAGAUGAAUGUGAAGGUGCUGGAUUUUGAACACUUUCUACCAAUGCUGCAGACUGUAGCAAAGAAUAAGGACCACGGCACAUAUGAAGACUACAUAGAGGGGCUUCGGGUGUUUGAUAAGGAAGGGAACGUCACAUUCAUGGGAGCUGAAAUAUGGCACAUCUUCCUUGCUCUUGGUGAGAAGAUGACAGAGGAAGAAGUGAAAGUGUUGGUGUCAGGGCAUGAGGACAGCAACAGUUGUAUCAGCUAUGAAGAGCUAGUCCAGAUGGUGCUGAAUGGCUGA